AUGGAAGAGCUGACGAGUCUUGCCGACUCCCCCGCGACCGCUGGUGGACCCCUCCAGAUGGCAUCACCCGAUCGCGUGAACCAGCGCCGCGACAAUCUCUUUGGCACAUUGCGGGCUCAAGGAGCAGCGUCGGACAACGCGGGUCGCGACAGUACGGUGCACGACAAGAUCAGCCAGUUCAACAACAUGAGCAUGCAGGCGAGGCAGCAGGAGCGCAAGUCGGCCGAUGCGGCGCUGAAGCGGGCCAUGCUGGGUCGCGAAGAGGCCGAGGCCGAGAUGAGGCGCAUCAAGGACGAAGCCGGAGCCUUGCGGCGGGAGAUUGAGGAGGGCAAGGAGCGGGAGAGGAGAGUGGGCGAGAGACUGGAAACUGUCAUGGAGACACACGCACACACGCAGGCUCUGUGGGAAAAGGAAAUUCGACGCGCGCGAAAGGAAAACUUCAAGGCGCAAUCGACCAUUGUCAAGCUUCAGGAAGACCUCAAAUCCACCCGGGCAUCAACACAAUUGAUCGAGGAGACUCUACAACACGAAAAGGAUAGGAACCAUGUUCGAGAGGAGCAAAACAUCAAAGCUCAAGCCACCAUUGGCCAGCUUCAGGAGGACCUCAAAUCAGCACAGGCCAUGGCCAAGCUGGUCGAAGAAUCACUACAAAAGGAGAGGGACCGGAGCCUCGCUCGAGAGGAACAAAACCUCAAGGCUCAGUCCACCAUCAGCCAGCUCCACGAGGAGGUCAAAGCUGCGCAGUCCAUGACCAAGCUUAUGCAGGAAUCACUACAAACCGAAAGGGAGAAGAGUCGCGCCCGGGAGCAAGAAACGUUUGAGGCGAAAUACCAGGCUAGCAACCUGCAGGACCAGCUUGAACAAGCAUUCGCCCGGCUUAAGCUGGUCGAACAGGAGCGGGAUGCCUACAAAGUGGCGGCCAAGAACGAAGAGGUUGCACGUCUCGCUGCCGAGGGUCGUAUUCCCCUGCCAACCGAGGAAGCAGAUGACGAGUUUGCGUCGCCCCCUAGGAAGCGGAGGAUCGCAUCGACCAUCAGGUGCAGGGAUCCUCGUGUUUCUCUUUCAACAAUGGAGAUUGUCUCGUCAGCUGCCAGCGAGUUGGAAAUCGAGCAGCUUACCGAGCAACUGCAAUGGGAAAGGCAGAGAGCCGAUCGAGCUCAGGAGAUGAUUGAGUUCAUGCAGGCCGAAUGCCAGAUGCACUGUUGUCCAUGCUCCAAGUCUAAACGUCGGACGAGCAUGUUGGCAAUGCAGCAGCUUCCCCGAACGACCCCUGAAAAGACGAGACUUUCCGUGGAGGCUCCCAUUGAGGAGGAGGAGAAGGAUGUGUCUACUCAGCCUCUUCCGUCACCCGCCCAGCAGCAGCAGGAGCUGAAGCUGGGAAAGCUGAGGAAGGGCGCUAGGCGAAGCACCGUCUUCUACCCUAAGGAGGGCGUCUUCCGUACGGUAUCUGAACAAGAGGCCAUUGAGCUGGAGGCUCAGCGCAAGGCAGAGAUUGUCAUCGAGGCUCACGAGGAGGUUGAGCCGGAGCCGUCUCCUCUCAAAGAAAAAACAGAGGCACAUCAACGUAUGUUUGCGAGAACACCGUCUACCGAGCCAUCAGCCUAUGAUUUAUCCCACGGGAGGUCAUCGCUCAUGUCGCUCAUCAAUGCUCCGCGAAUUGACGCCCUAGCUGACUCUCUUCCGAAUUCCUAUAGCAUCCCGACGGUCCGUGACAACGAAACCGCUCAGGAGAGGAUAAUGCGAUAUCAGGCGGAGGAAGAAGGGGGCUUGAAGCUGGCACCGGCGCCAGAGCCUCAGCCAGCGCAGUUUUCUCUCCCCCGGAAACGCCCAGCUCCCGGUUCCCAAUCUUCUUCCAAAAGCACCUACUCAGUAACCACGACAACCGUCCCGGUUCGAGACGAGCGAUCCUCUAGCUCGUUAUCUUUCACCCAGAGGAUGCGAACUGCGUCCAACAGCAGCAGUGCGAGCUUUGACACCAGCGACCCGGCAAUGAUACCGACCAUGACUCGCGAAGAAGCUCUGGCCAAGAUCCGCGAGAGAAGGGGACGCGCCAGGAGCACGACCAGGGGCGCAGCUACACCACAAAGCCGGCCAACGUCCGGCAUGGGCCGGCGGAACGUGAGCAACCCAACGGGCACGGUUGGAAGCAGGUCCAGGUCCAGGCCCAGGAACGCAUGA